AUGGACUUCUCAGAGAUUGCCAGAAAGCUUGGUGUCUCCCAGAACAAACCCCUCGUUCGCAAAGCCGCCGAGCUCCGCCGCCUUGCCGACGUCCAAUUCAAUUCCUCCGCCAUCGGCGUUGGGGAGAUUUGCAAGGCUAUAAUAUGUUUGGAAGUUGCUGCAUCUAGGAUGGAUGUCAUUUUUGAUCGUCAAGCUGCGAUAAGGUUGAGUGGGAUGUCAGAGAAGGCUUACAUUAGAUCUUUCAAUUUAAUGCAAAAUGGCAUGGGAGUAAAGAACAAGAUAGAUGUAAGGGAAUUGGCUAUUCAAUUUGGUUGUGUCAGGCUCGUCCCUUUUGUUCACAAGGGCUUAUCUUCGUAUAAGGAGCGGUUCCUUUCUUCCUUGCCUCCAUCUCGUAGGGGAACAGCUGACUUCACUCGGCCUGUAUUUACUGCAGUAGCAUUCUACCUUUCUGCCAAAAAACACAAGUUGAAGGUUGAUAAAAUAAAGUUGAUCGAGAUAUGUGGAACCUCGGAAUCUGAGUUCACAAGUGUGUCUACCUCCAUGAAGGAUCUAUGUUUUGAUGUGUUUGGCACAUCUAAAGAGAAGAAAGAUCCCAGGGAAGUGAAAGGAAACCGAGAAUUGCUGGAUGUAUUGCCAGAAAAGUGGACUGCCGAAGAUGGAGGUUAUUCCUCUGGUGAAGAGCAUUCUGCUCAAAAAAAGCGGAAGCGCAAGGAUAAACAUGACUACGAAGGGUGGAGAUCCGAAGUUCUGGCUUCCAAUAAACUCUCAAAGGCAAAAGCCCCUGCUAAGAGAGCCAAACAAGCCAAGCUAGACUUCUUCAAAAAGUCUCUUCAAACAUAG